UGGAGUUAUUCCGGUGACAGUGUCAGUGAAUCCAAAUGACUUCAUCUCCAAAACGCCGCCCCACACUCUCUUUCACUUUAUCUACUUUUCCAUCUGCAUAUAAAAAACCCCAUCCCCGAGACUCCAUUCAUUAAUUCAAAAACUCCAUUCAGUUUGCCUUCGCAAAACCUCUCGGCCCAAGCUAUAUAUCAUCAGCGACGACCAUACCUUAAGAAACGAUGUCGGAUUGGGGUCCUGUUUUCGUGGCGCUGGUCCUUUUCGUGCUGCUAACGCCUGGGCUGCUGUUUCAGGUUCCGGGUCACCAUAGGUGCGUCGAAUUCGGCAACUUUAAGACCAGUGGUGCUUCCAUUUUCAUCCAUUCGUUGCUGUAUUUUGGGCUCAUUUGUGUGUUUUUGCUGGCGGUUAAGGUUCAUUUGCAUUUGGGUUGAUGCUAACGUUUGAUCGUAUAUGAUCUUUGUUACCAUCAUUUGUAAUCUUUGAGGGUUUGAUUUUUUUUUUCAUGUUUUAAUGCUGGGUGUUGAGCUUAAUGCCUGGAAAAUUUAAGGUGUUUGUUGGUUUUGUUGUUGUUUUUUUUUUUUUAAAUUGCGAGUUAUUUUUCUUGAAAUAAAA